AGAAGACUGCGGCGUGACACGCGUGUGGAGGAAGUGCAGUGACAGACUGUGGUAGCUGCCAGUGCUCAGUUCAUACGGAACCGGCUAAACUGUGCUUUAUCUCUGCUCGGUAAGAUGUCGUGGCUGUUCGGCCUGAACAAGGGACAGCCCGAACCCCCUCCCGGUUUACCGGUUCAGCCUCCACCUCCACCUCCGCCGGCCGGAGGCUCCGGAGGCGGCGGAGAUAAACCCAAGGACAAAUGGAGCAACUUCGAUCCCACCGGGCUGGAGCGGGCUGCCCAGGCGGCCAAGGAGCUCGACAAGUCCCGCCAUGCCAAAGAAGCUCUGGACCUGGCCCGAAUGCAGGAACAGAGCACUCAGAUGGAGCACCAGAGUAAAAUUAAGGAGUACGAAGCAGCAGUGGAGCAGCUGAAAGGAGACCAGAUACGCAUCCAGGCUGAGGAGAGGAGAAAAACUCUAAACGAGGAGACGAAGCAGCAUCAAGCUAGAGCUCAGUACCAAGAUAAACUGGCCAGGCAACGAUAUGAGGAGCAGCUAAGGCAACAGCAAGCUCUGAACGAGGAGAACCUCCGCAAACAGGAGGAGUCUGUCCAAAAACAGGAGGCCAUGAGAAAAGCAACGAUACAGCAUGAGAUGGAGCUGAGACACAAGAAUGAGCUUCUGCGCAUAGAGGCGGAGUCUAAGGCCCGAGGCCGCGUGGAGAGAGAAAACGCCGAUAUAAUCCGAGAGCAGAUCCGUCUGAAGGCUGCAGAGCACAGACAGACUGUCCUGGAGUCCAUAAAGACUGCAGGUGCUGUGUUUGGAGAAGGAUUUAGAGCCUUUGUGUCAGACUGGGACAAAGUCACAGCCACGGUGGCAGGACUGACCCUUCUAGCUGUGGGAGUCUAUUCAGCCCGUAACGCUACAGCCGUGGCAGGGCGUUACAUCGAGGCCAGACUUGGGAAGCCAUCGCUAGUGCGGGAGACGUCCCGAUUCACAGUGGCAGAGGCAAUUAAACAUCCAGUCAAGACGGUCAAACGACUGAAGAGUAAACCUCAGGAUGCCCUUGAGGGAGUCGUGCUCAGUCCUUCCUUGGAAGAGCGUGUGCGUGACAUUGCCAUAGCAACAAGAAACACAAGGCAGAACCAUGGCCUCUACAGGAACAUCCUCAUGUACGGUCCUCCAGGGACAGGAAAAACACUGUUUGCUAAGAAGCUGGCAAUGCAUUCUGGGAUGGACUAUGCCAUAAUGACAGGUGGUGAUGUAGCACCAAUGGGCCGUGAUGGUGUGACUGCCAUGCACAAAGUCUUUGACUGGGCCGGAACAAGUCGACGCGGACUUCUCCUUUUCGUUGAUGAGGCUGAUGCAUUCCUCCGCAAGAGAUCCACUGAAAAGAUCAGUGAAGACCUCAGAGCCACUCUGAAUGCCUUCUUGUAUCGCACCGGGGAACAAAGCAACAAGUUUAUGUUGGUGUUGGCCAGUAACCAGCCAGAGCAGUUUGACUGGGCCAUCAACGACCGUAUAGAUGAAAUAGUGAAUUUUGCCCUGCCAGGUCCUGAGGAGAGGGAGAGGCUGGUGCGACUGUACUUCGACCGAUAUGUGCUGGAGCCAGCCACCGGAGGGAGGCAGAGGAUGAAGCUGGCACAGUUUGACUACGGUAAAAAGUGCUCUGAGAUAGCAAAGCGUACAGACGGCAUGUCAGGAAGAGAGAUCUCCAAGCUGGGUGUGGCCUGGCAGGCGGCAGCAUAUUCCUCUGAGGAUGGAGUCCUGACAGAGGCUAUGAUUGAUGCUAGAGUUGACGAUGCUGUCAAACAGCACAAUCAGAAGAUGGACUGGCUGCGUGGAGAGGGGGAGACUCUGAGCCUCACACCUCCACCAGCUGGAGGGGCAAGCAGCGGAGGAAAAAUGGGUUUUAAUCUCCCCCUCAGUGAGGCACCUCAGGCUCAGGAGGUGAUUGCUCCAGCCCUUGAGAUGAAGCAAGAAGGUGAAGUUAUACCUUCAGACAUCAACCAAUUGGCACAGGGUGAAAGUGCUGUCCCAGCUGAAGAGGACUGUAAAGAUGCUGCCCAAGCAGAAGCUACGACAGCAGAAGAGAGUUUAGACCAACCUGCUGCCUCUCCUGACAGUGAGGUCAAGAAAGGAAAAGAAGACAAGACUGGGUCCUCUCCUUCAAAGGAUGGAACUCCAGUCUGAGUUGUAGAUUUGUCCCUUGGGACUAUCGCAGUAAAAAAAAAAAGUUUAGUGUCCUUUCCCCUUAACUAGUCUCAGUUUAUGUCUAAAAGCCUGUUGGACUGUCUUCAUGACAGGUGGAGGAGCAUGGGGGGAGAUAACCAAUUAACACAAGUGAAGCCUGAGACUCUUUCAUUUUAAUAUAUAAUGUAUACAGUCUAAAGGUGAACUUCACAUGGAAACCAGACGCUGUGUCUGUAAUUACACUAUAUAAAUGUUGUGCAAAGUGGAAUAUGUCUGAAAUGAUUAAAUGGAUCUGUGUUUUCAUAUAAAA